GAAAAGGGGUGGAUCAAUGGAGCAAGCUGAUGAUGUCGGUCCCAGCAGCCAAGCAGACCGCAACCCCACCAUAGCCGCGAGCUGCUGAACAGGACAGGGCGCACCCAUCAAGGACCAGACCGAACCAGCUCCAGACCCGACAUACCGCCUGUCGGCCACCCGCCACCCGCCAAAAUGCUUCUCCUGGACUACCAGAACGUGCUUAUCCAGUCGGUCUUGACUGAGCGGUUCUCUGGAGCACCGCCCGUCUCGAUCGACCAGACCGUCUCCGAUUUCGACGGCGUCAUCUUCCACAUCUCCACCCCCGAGACCAAGACCAAGAUCCUCGUGUCCCUCCAAAUAAGAUGCUGGAAGGACCUUGUGCAGUAUGGCGCCGAGCAGGUCCUGAACCGCGAGUAUGGCCAAUACGUCGCUCCCCCUGAGCCGGGCUACGACUUUUCCGUCAUGGUCGACCUUGAGGACCUGCCCGCCGAACCGGAAGCACGCGAGGAGCUAGUCAAGAAAAUCGCCCUCUUGAAGCGCAACGCCAUGGCGGCCCCGUUCGAGCAUGCGUAUGAGGAGCACUACAAGCUCAAGGAGGCCGCGUCCCAGUACACGUCGGAGGAGGCGCCGCAGGGUGUGCGCGAGGGCGGCGAGGUCAUGGCAAUCCACUACCGCGAGGAGGAGGCCAUUUACGUCAAGGCCAGCCACGACCGCGUCACCGUGAUCUUCAGCACCAUUUUCCGCGAGGAGACGGACCGCAUCUACGGGAAGGUCUUUAUCCAGGAGUUCGUCGACGCUCGCCGCCGUGCCAUCCAGAACGCGCCCCAGGUCCUCUUCCGCAACGACCCGCCUCUCGAGCUGCAGGGCGUCCCCGGUGUGAGGGACUCUGGCAACGGGGACAUUGGCUAUGUGACAUUUGUGCUUUUCCCGAGACAUUUGACACCCCAACGCAUGCCAGAUGUUAUCUCGCAUAUCCAGACGUUCCGCGACUACUUCCACUA